ACAACAAGUACAGGAGUAAUACAGCUGACAAAGUAAACACAGUAUUAACUCACUAUAAGGUUCAGCAAAUCUGUAUGCAUAAGCUGACAUGCAGAGAAUAACUUUUGUAGGAAGUACGCUCACGGCAGAAUUUAUCUAGACGUCAAUUCUUAAAGCUGCUGAAUAGCAUGACUUCCCGUACUGUUGUUCAUAAACCUCCGGUAAGAAAGGUCGCUAUCUUUGGAGGAACUCAUGGUAAUGAGUUAUCAGGGAUAUAUUUGGUCAAGCACUGGCAAGAGUAUGGAGCUGAGAUUCAAAGAACAGGAGUGGAAGUGAAACCAUUUAUAAGCAACCCAAGAGCUGUGAAGAAAUGUACUAGAUACAUUGACUGUGAUCUGAACCGUGUUUUUGACCCUGAUAAUCUUGGCAGAACAGUGGUGGAAGAUAUUCCAUAUGAAGUGAGAAGGGCUCAGGAAAUCAAUCAUAUAUUUGGUCCAAAAGGUAGUGAUGAUGCCUAUGACCUUAUUUUUGACCUUCACAACACCACUUCUAACAUGGGUUGUACUCUUAUUCUUGAAGACUCCAGGGAUGACUUUACAAUUCAAAUGUCUCAUUAUAUCAAGAACGCUUUGGCUCCAGAACGCUGUCCUAUUUUGCUGAUUGAACAUCCAACCUUGAAAUAUGCAACAACUCGCUCUGUAGCAAAACAUCUUGUUGGCGUGGAGGUGGGUCCGCAACCACAUGGUGUUGUUAGAGCUGAUAUUUUGGAGAAAAUGAGGAAGACUGUCAAACAUGGUCUUGAUUUUGUGCACCUUUUCAAUAAAGGAAAAGAAUUUCCACCAUGUACAGUUGAGGUUUACAAAAUAAUGGAGGAAGUAGAUUACCCCAGGAAUAAAAAUGAUGAAAUUACUGCUAUUAUUCACCCUAAACUGCAGGAUCAAGAUUGGCAGCCACUGAACAAAGGCGAUCCUCUAUUUUUGACUCUUGAUGGAGAAGUAAUUGCAUAUAAAGGGGACAGUACUGUCUAUCCGACAUUUAUUAAUGAAGCUGCAUAUUAUGAAAAGAAUCAAGCUUUUGUAAAAACAGUCAAAGUAAAACUCACUGCAGAAUGUAUCAGAUCUUAGACCAGAACACUUAAAAGCUGAUUACAGAUUUUAUAUACAAAGCGUCUAUUUCUCCUCUGUGAAGUUGAGUUUCAGACAGUAGUAACUUACGGAAUAAAUAAAUGCAGAAUCUAAUUUAAAAUAGUAAUUUAAUUAACAUUGCUGAGCACUUUUAAGACCAAAACUACUGUCAUAAUGUGAAUUAUGACUACUGUUUACCCAUUCUAAUAGAUUACUAUAGAUACAAAGAAUAAAUACUAUUUUUAGGUAGUUUGCUAAUUCAUACUAUAUAAAAUCCACAUAUAUGGAUUAGUAGCUAUAAAACUUCUUUCAGAGUCACAUAUAAACAUGCGUAUUCCCCAAAUUAUCUUGUAUUAAAAAAAAAGAACACAGAGUUUUUACUUUAUAACCCCAAACCAAACCUAAGAUAACCAACACUUUAAAGAUGGGAUGAUUCUUGAAAAUAAUUCCUCAGAUAACCCAUACAUGGUGUUACACAAAGGAAAUAAGCUGGGAUAAAAUACCUGUUAAAACAGAGUAUUGUGAGAUUAAUACAAGCUGUUUCUGAUUUAUCUUUAAAGACAGAUAUUUUUGAGUUUAGAAAGUAUCCAGUACUUAGAAACAUACUGGAGCAGUAUUAUAAUUUAUGAAAAAUGUGUUUAUCCUUUUCCAAGGCUAUCUCUAUUGCAAUGGAGACAAGAGUUGUUCAUAUCUUUAUAACUUUUUUAGCUGCAUCCACCUACUGCUUGGACCAUUUUCCAAAUACAAUAUUGAUCAACUGUUGUACACCAAAAGCUUUUAAAGAAGGUGGCAGGAUGAGGUAAAAUUGUCUGGAUUUUGAUGAAGAGCAACGCACAGAUCAUAUGCAGGCAUUUCAGAAUGGAAAUUAAGAAGUAUUCUAUAUCUGGAGACUUCUCAGAAUUUUGAGACUAACUUGUUCUGUAUUUGUAGAAACAAAGCCUGACUUUCAGAGUGACUGACAAGAAGAAGAAAAUGGGGAUUUAAUUAACUUUCUCAAGUUGUUCUAACAUAUUUGACAAUUAUCAGGGACAGAGAAAACAUUAAAAACUUCACAUAAAUUCUGAAAGCAUACAAUAAUUAGCUAUUUACUAAAAGGUUCUUUGUCCAGAAAACCCCCAAAUUAUAUCAUUUGGAAAGUGAUGUGUUCCUUAUUCACUACUCAGUCAAAAGCCUUUUUUCCUUGCUUUCUGCAGUUCUGAUGACAUGGCAAUAAAAUAAAAACACAGGGCAGAAUGAGAUGUUUAUUGAAUUACAUGUUUUAUUUCUUUAUAUUUAAAUAAAUACUGUAUAAAAAAUUCA